AUGGCUACCAACACAAUAAAAACCAAGACACUUUCUGGCGUCGGAAACCUCAUAAAGCUCCUGCCAACCGGCACCGUUUUCACCUUCCAAUUCCUCAACCCUGUCUUAACCAACGGUGGCCACUGCACCACCGUCAACAAGUACCUCUCCUCCAUCCUCAUCACCCUCUGCGGUCUCUCCUGCAUAUUCUCUUCCUUCACCGACAGCUACGAAGAUGAUGACGGAACCACCCACUACGGAAUUGCUACCACUAACGGCCUCUGGCCGACUCCGCCAUCAUCCUCGGGCGUUGAUGUUUCUAAGUACAGGCUUCGAAUCGGAGACUUUGUGCAUGCACUUUUCACGGUGGUUGUUUUUGCGGUGGUGGCGUUGUUGGAUGACAACACGGUGGAGUGUUUGUACCCUGCGUUUGAGACGAACGAGAAAAUGUUGAUGAUGGUGGUGCCGCCGGUGAUCGGAGCUGUUUCGGGGACGUUGUUCAUGGUGUUUCCUAAUACACGUCAUGGGAUAGGGUACCCAUCUGCAAGACAAUCGAACAAGUGA